UGUGGGCUCGAGCGGUCCUGCAGCGGUACCAGCCUCCAGCCUGUCGCCGGGACUGCCCCUGACCCAGGCGCGCCCGCUGUUCGGUGGCACGAGGGCCGGCGUGGCGCCAUGGCCUGCAUCCUGAAGAGAAAGUCUGUGAUUGCAGUGAGCUUCGUAGCAGCGUUCCUCUUCCUGCUGGUUGUGCGCCUUGUAAAUGAAGUGAAUUUCCCAUUGCUACUGAACUGCUUUGGACAACCUGGUGCAAAAUGGAUACCAUUCUCCUACACAUACAGGCGGCCCCUUCGAACUCACUAUGGAUACAUAAAUGUGAGGACGCAAGAGCCUUUGCAACUGGACUGUAACCUUUGUGCCAUAGUGUCAAACUCAGGUCAGAUGGUUGGCCAGAAGGUGGGGAAUGAGAUAGAUCAGUCGUCCUGCAUCUGGCGAAUGAACAAUGCCCCCACCAAGGGCUAUGAAGAAGAUGUUGGCCGCAUGACAAUGAUUCGAGUUGUAUCCCAUACCAGCGUUCCUCUUUUGCUAAAAAACCCUGAUUAUUUUUUCAAGGAAGCAAACACUACUAUUUAUGUUAUCUGGGGCCCUUUCCGCAACAUGAGGAAAGAUGGCAAUGGCAUUGUUUACAACAUGCUGAAAAAGACUGUUGACAUCUAUCCCAAUGCCCAGAUUUACGUGACCACAGAGAAACGCAUGAGUUACUGUGAUGGAGUGUUUAAGAAGGAAACUGGGAAAGACAGAGUCCAGUCUGGCUCUUAUCUCAGCACGGGGUGGUUUACCUUCAUCCUGGCCAAGGAUGCCUGUUACGGCAUUCACGUCUACGGGAUGAUAAAUGACACCUACUGCAAGACAGAAGGGUAUAGGAAAGUCCCCUACCAUUACUAUGAACAAGGAAGAGACGAGUGUGACGAAUAUUUUCUUCAUGAACACGCCCCAUAUGGGGGGCAUAGGUUUAUCACUGAGAAGAAAGUGUUUGCUAAAUGGGCCAAGAAACACAGGAUAAUAUUUACACACCCAAACUGGACAGUGUCUUGAUGUUGGCUUUGCUGACCUUGCCACCCCAUUGGACAUGAUGGUGAUCGACUGUGAUGCUAAGGCUGCGGAUGCGGGCGAUGACAGAGCAACAGCGCUGCUC